AUGUCUUCUUCAACAGUUGACGCGAGGUCGGCCGGCGCAAACUCAAGUACUGUCAACGUCCAGCCUAUUCUGACACUGUCUGGAAAGAUCAUCGCAGUGUUAGUCACCGGCGCAAACCGCGGCAUCGGCCUCGGCGUCGCAGAAUGCUGCCUCCUUAACAACGCCGCCAAGGUCUACUCCAUCGACCUUGCGGAACCGGGCGAAGAGUUCGCGGCGGCGUCGAAGCAGUUCCCCGGCCGUUUGUUUGCAAUCACCGCAAACGUCACCGACGAGGGGAGCAUAACGGCCGCCAUCGACAAGAUUGUCGAGGAGUCCGGCGCGAUCCACGGCGUCGUCUGCAACGCGGGCCGGACAAACCACAAGGCUGCUCUUGACUUUUCAAAAGAAGAGAUUGAGACGCUGUUUGGUGUCAACCUUUUCGGCGCGUUCUACACUGCCAGAGCUGCCGCGAGGGCUUUCAUCAAGUUGAACAUCAAGGGUUCCGUCGUUUUCACAGCCUCCAUGGCAUCAUACCGCCCAAACAAGCGCGUCCCAUCAGCGCCAUAUGGUGCUUCAAAGGCAGGCGUCCGCAACAUGGCUCACACGCUCGCCAUGGAAUGGGCCAAGUACGGCAUCCGCGUCAACAGCGUGUCUCCCGGUCUCGUGCGCACCGCCAUGACAUACUGGGUGCCGCAGCAGCCGGACUGGGAGCAGCAGCUUAAAUACUACGGAGGCAUGCCCCGGUUGGCCGAGGUGCAGGAGCUUGGAGGCGCCUACGUCUAUCUUCUAAGUGAUGCGGCGAGCUAUACUACCUCGAUCGACAUUCCUGUCAAUGGUGUCAUUGGGAUUUGCUAA